AUGAAACACACUUUAAAUAUUGAUUCAAUUCAACAAGUCGCUCUAUAUUUUGAAACCAUAGAUGAUUAUAAAAAUAUUAUUCUUUCUUCAAAGAAGUUUCAACAUUUACUUGAAUAUUUUAAAUCAAAUCCAAUACCAUUAAAUGAUGAAACAAUAAAAUUCUUUCCUAACAUAAACACUUAUAACUUAUUUUCUUUACAAGACACUUUCUAUGAGUCUUUAUCUUCUUUGAAGAUUUGUUUUUACUGUAGAAUUUCAUAUCAAAGGAGUUUGAAAGAAAUAAAAAAAGGAAAUACAUGUAAAUUUAUUUAUUAUUCAAAAGAAGAUAAAAAGAAAUUUGGAGAUAUUCUACCAUCUCAAGUUAAGAAAAUUGGUAAAGAGUGUUAUUGUAAUAGUCCUUCUUUAUCAAUUUUCGAAGUUCCUUAUUCGAUUGUUGAAAUUGGAGAUAAAUCAUUUAUGAAUUGUACUUCAUUAACUUCAAUUGUUCUUUCUUCUUCAAUAACAAGACUCUGUAAUUAUACUUUUCAUAAGUGCAUAUCCCUUAAAAAAAUAAAACUCCCUCAAUCCUUAAAACAUAUUGGAUAUAAUUGUUUCUCCGGAUGUUCCUCUUUAAAUUCAAUUCAAUUACCAGAAAUGUUACUUUCAAUUGGUGAUUAUUGUUUUGAUUUUUGCGUUAAUUUGACUUCAUUAGCUAUUCCUUCUUCAAUAACUUAUUUUGGGAUUCAAUGCUUUUGUAAUUGUUCUUCUCUUAAAUCAUUAUCAAUACCUUCAAAUUUAACUUCAUUCAAUAGACAACAAUUUUAUGGUUGUUCUUCUUUAGAAGAAAUUAAUGUCCCUGCUCCUUAUUGGAUUGUUGGAAAACAUCUUUUUUUCAAUAAAAUGAAACUUGUAGGUUGUGAAUUGCCUUCUACUAUUAAUUCAAUCAAUAAAAUCCCAGUUGCAUUUGAUAUGAAUCAGACUUCAUUUGAAGUACCAACUGAGGUCAAAUCCUUUGGAAAUAAAUGUUUUCAAGAUGAACAUUCUCUGAGGUCAAUAAGUAUUAAAAAGUUUAUUGACCGUUUAGACAAUUAUUGUUUUGAAGGAUGUUUAUUAGUCACAUCAAUUUCUCUCCCAUCUACAAUUAAGGUGAUUGAAAAUGGUUGUUUUUGUGGAUGUAUUUCAUUAAAAGAGAUUAACAUUCCUUCUUCAUUAACUCGAUUAGGAGAUUAUUGUUUCUACCGUUGUUCUUCUUUAAGUGCUGUAAGUCUUCCUUCUUCAUUAAAAGUAAUUCCAUAUCAAUGUUUUAGUGGAUGUUCUUCUUUAACAUCAAUUGAUUUACCUCAAGGAGUCUUGAAGUUAUCUGACCAAUCAUUUAAAGACUGUGCAACACUUCAAUCAAUUAAUAUUCCAUCUACAAUAACAAAAAUAGAAGUUGGUUGUUUUAAUAAUUGUUUACGACUUUCAGAAGUAUCUUUCUAUUCUCCAAUUCAAAAAAUUCCUGAUUUUUGUUUUUCUAAUUGUAUUUCUUUACAAACAAUUACUCUUCCUUUGUCUGUUAUUUCUAUUGGAAAUAGAAGUUUUUGUAACUGUGUUAAGUUACAAUCGAUUCAAAUCCCCUCCUUAACUACCUCUCUUGGAAAUGACUGUUUUACAAAUUGCUCUUCUCUUGUAUCUCUUGGGUCAUUGCCAAAGAACGCUAUCUUAGGAGAUGACUGUUUCUUUGGUUGUGAAAAGUUAUUUUAUUAG